AUGCGCUUUCCUUCUCUCGCUUUCGCUGCCGUAGCUGGUCUAUGGCAGCAGCCACUCGCUCCUGAAGACGAAACAAUAACAAGCACGCGCCAUGUUCAUGUCUCCAGAACUUCUACCAACACAGGCAGCACAAUCUAUGCUGUUCUUAUGGGCACUUCUACUCCAUACAUGGACCACCUCCCCGCCACUUUGAUGACCAGGUCUAUACCCUGGCAAGCACUGCAGACUGCAAAUCUUGAAUGCCGCUCAGAAGGAGAAUCUGCCAGCACGAUGCGCAUCAAAGUCACCCAGACUGUAAACCAAGUUCAAGCUACGGUGUUUGCGAGUAAAGUUGGGACUUCGGUGUCGACUCCUACAGACGUUCCACAGUCUUUGAGAGAAGAAGCUGCAGAGGAUGCGGAAGAGUUGUCGUCUUCGCAGUUGGCAGCGGCGAUCUCAUCCGCCAAGUCCGCUGCGCUGGCACAUUCGACUGUUGCAGUACUUGCUACGACCACCUCAUCUGAUGCAGAUGCUUCUCCUGCUGUGGCCGAGGGUCAACCUCAGUACACCAACACGAGCUCUUCGACACAGCCAUCCAUUACCACAUCCGAAAGCUCCUCCGUGCUCCCAAUUGGCCUUGAGCUUCGAUCCAACGGAGGUGCAGCGACAACAAGUUCACCACCAACAACAACGACAGCCCGAGUACCAGGCGUAGUGAUUGCCGUCAUAUACGGCACUUCAACGUCGAUGAUGACAUCUAUACCGCCGACGUUACUGGCUGAGAUUACUGCCACGCAACCCACGACCACCGCACAGUCAAGUUCCUCCGAAGGCACUACAGAAGUAGACAGCUUAACCAGUACCACAAUAUCCGACGGUAAUCUUCAGUUCACGGAUGCGAAUGCUGCAGGAUUCAAGAGCACACAGACGGCUCUGAUCCAGGCGACUACUCAUAGCGACGAAGAUGCUGCGAAGAGUACCACCGCAGUCGCUUCCACGCCUCAGAGAGACUCUUCAUCCUCGACGUUCUCAUCAGCUUCAACGUCCAUGUCCGUGAACUCUGCGUCCGUGACCAGCAAUAAAAUCUACACUAUCCCUAUGACCACCAGAAGCACAACAUCUCCGUCAUUCACCCCGGAAUUUUCCACGCCAACCACUCCUUCAGCAACCUCAGCAGAUCCAUUCUUCACAGCCUACAACUCCCAGAGCAGCGCCUCUUCAACAGCAGACAUAGCAGCCGACAACGCAGCCGGCGCCUCGGGAGGAGACUCGGGCAGUUUCAAGCUCUCAAAAGGAGGCUUCGCCGCCAUCAUCUCUGUCGUGUCUAUUGGUGUGGGACUAGGCCUAGUCUUCCUCAUUCUGUUUGUUGUGGCAAGACGUCGACAGUGGAAAGUACGCCAAUCUAUCGCUCGCGCUUCCCGCAGAUUUACUGGAAGGUUUUCUUCUCACCCUAACAAGAAAACUUUGAGCAAUGAGAAAGGGAAUGAGCCCACCUUGCCCAUCAUCGAACCCCGUCAACCAGCCGGGCCUCGUCCAGCUCCUUCUUCCCGUCGACCUCAGCAAGGAUUUGCGAAUAUAGACGCAACUUUACAUUCAAAUUACCGCGGCGUCGAAAGCGUGGUAAGGAUAUCAAGGGGCCCAGAAGCUUGGAGAAAAGCCAUGGCAGGUCAGAGGGUGCAACAGAGUCAGAGUCAGAGGAGGAAGCCUGAGUUGAGGGUUGAUACUGGAUUAGCUGGUGGAAAGAUGGAGGAGGGGAAUAUGGGAGAGCAGGGGAGGAAGAAAAGAGCGGACUGGAGAGACUUGUUUAGAGCUUUGUAG